AUGUCCUCGGCUGCAAGAGGUAGACAAGCAUUUAUCAGACAAACGAGCCUCAAAGCAGUCUGCACGCACUGUAAUGCACACUGCCUGAAUCUUGCUAUUGUACAUUCCUGUGAUAUUCCAUUGAUAAGAAACAUGAUAGGAACACUCAAUGAAAUAUUUUCUUUUUUCAAGUUCUCACCAAAAAGGCACGAGCUUUUAGCGGCAGUUAUUAACUACAUAUGCCCUAACACACGCCGGACCACCCUAAUUAGUCUUUGUCGCACUCGCUGGGUGGAGAGGCAUGAGGCGUUCGAGGUAUUUAACACCCUUUUCAGAGCAAUUGUCAAGACAUUAGAAGUAAUGGAAAAUGAGCGUGUUUACCUUGACGAGGACGGAUCCUGGAAAUGGGACCAGGAAACGCGCCGAAAGGCGAACAGUUUUCUGGCAGCCGUAACUCCGUUCCAGUUCAUAGUAACGAUGAUCACAGUGAUGAAGUGUUUGUCUGUCCUGAAACCACUAAGCAUACAACUGCAGAAACGCGACAGUGACAUUUAUAAGGCUUACACCCAAGUUAGCUCUGUGAAAUCAGCUCUGAAAGCUAUCAGAGAGCAGAUCGAGGUUCACUUCAAUCGGUGGUACGAAGCAAGCGAUGAACUAGGCAAAAGCGAUGUUGAACCCGCACUUCCAAGAGUUGCCAACAGACAGCGGCAUGGUGAUAACGUUCCAGAUGCCACACCUAUUCAGUACUUUUAA